CUUUGAUAGGAGAGUAAAUAGGUGCCAGAAGAUGCAAGAAUCGGACGUUGAUAGGUACAUCCGAGAGAGCAGCAAAAGUUACAAAAACUGUCGAAUUAAGAAUUCAGCCAGGAGGAAUUCCUUACAGAAGAAAACGAUGGGGAUAGAGUCAGAGAAAAGGUUGGCCCAGUCAGAGCUGUCUCGGGAGGAAAAACAACUUAGGGAACAUUUAAAGCAUAUGCAGAUUGACAAAAUGAAGAAUUACCUCGUUAAGAAAAUGAGAGAUAACUCUGUCGAACAAGAGGAAGAUUCAUCAGACGAUCAUAAUGACGUCACAGAACCUUAUGACCCAAAUACAUACCGGUUAACUCCUCUUUUAUACAGCCCGUCUCAAAACAGAAGAAACCCAAGCCACGAGGAACAAGGACGCCUUUAUGCCCAGAGGAGGUCAAGACGUGUUUCUAAGGAAUUUGAGGAUUUGAACAUGGACACAAAAACAGGCUCAUUGAAACAACCAUUUAAUGUAGCCAAGAGGGUUUUGUCCUCACAUACACGUGUGAAAUCUAGUAGUCUUAGUAAAAUUUCAUCCCCAAGGUUACAAAGAAGUUCAACAAGUCUCAGUUCACCAAGGACCCGGAAAACUUCUAGCGAUCACAGUGACGGAUCGUCAUCGACGUCCGCCAUUUCUUCCCUGGAGGAUCUCCAUUGGAUAGGGGAUCCGGAAGCUACCAAAUCUGUGAGACGGAACCGGAAGACAAGUGAAGAGCAACACUUAGAAUUUGAACUGAAGAGAUUAGCAAAAGAAAAAAGACCUGUCAUGAAAAAGAAUUCUAAAUGAUAG